ACAUUCACGAUUUCAGCUGCUUGGCUUUCAUUCGUCUGUUAACCACAGUUCGCAACGACACAAAGUUAGUGUUCAAUUCGAGUCCGUUUUAACACAGCUAGACAACUUUAAAAACCUAUAAAAAUGGGCGUACCAGCUGGUGAUGUUGAAAAGGGCAAGAAGCUGUUUGUGCAGCGUUGUGCGCAAUGCCACACUGUCGAGGCCGGUGGCAAGCACAAGGUCGGUCCCAACCUGCACGGUCUGAUCGGUCGCAAGACUGGCCAGGCACCCGGUUUUGCCUACACAGACGCCAACAAGGCUAAGGGCAUCACCUGGAAUGAGGACACACUGUUCGAAUACCUGGAGAACCCCAAGAAAUACAUCCCUGGCACCAAGAUGAUCUUCGCCGGUCUGAAGAAGCCCAAUGAGCGUGGUGAUCUGAUUGCCUACCUGAAAUCAGCCACCAAGUAAAGAGGUAGCAUCACAUCUGUAAUAAAAACGAGACCACACCACCUCAAGCAACAGCAGCAACAACAACUGUAUUAGGGCAUGAACGGAGGCGUGGCAUGCUGCCAAAAGAACGUGCUACCAGAUAUCAUUAAGUGUAAAGCCCUGGCUGAACUUUGUGUUCAAGUCACACAAAUAACUACAAACAAAAACAGCAACAACAACAAAAACAUACAGACCUUCAA